AUGGACUGGUUGGCAUCAAUGAUUCUUACCCUCAAGGCGCACCGUUUCGCCCGCGAUGAGGUCCGCAAGGAGGGAUAUCUGUUUUCGGCUGUGGCGCAACGGCUGAUCGCCCACCCCGAGGACGCGGACAACGUGGAGACCAUGAGCACCAUCGCCAAGCGUUGGAGCAUGACCAUGCAGAUGAUGAGGGAGAUCCUGGUGGGCGAAGCGCCCGAGCUUUCCCCCGACGAUGCGACUCCCUUUGACUACUACACUGCCGUCGACCCUCGCCUGGUCUAUCCGGAGGAGAGGGAGGAGGUCUUCAAGGUGAUGGGAAUUGAGGAGAAUAAGACUCACUUUUAA